UGUUAAAAAUCAUUAAAUUUGUUUAAAAUUCUCACAUGUUCCUUCAUAACCUAGUUUGGGAUAGUAAUUGUUCCAUGAUGUUUUUAUGUCUUAUUUGUCUUCCCUCUUGAUUCUUUCAUCUAAAAUUUUUAAUCAGUACAUCAAACUUUACUUUGUAGAUAAGGUACUCAACUGUGUGGGACACUACAUAAAUCCUAAAAGACUGCAAUAAAGUGGCGAUGUCUCGGGAACCCACCCCACCUCUACCUGGAGAUAUGUCUACUGGUCCCAUAGCAGAAAGCUGGUGUUACACACAGGUUAAAGUAGUAAAAUUUUCCUACAUGUGGACCAUUAAUAACUUCAGUUUUUGUCGAGAGGAAAUGGGUGAAGUGUUAAAAAGUUCAACAUUUUCAUCUGGCCCAAGUGACAAAAUGAAAUGGUGCCUGAGGGUAAACCCAAAGGGAUUAGAUGAUGAAAGUAAAGACUACUUGUCCUUAUAUUUGCUUUUAGUCAGCUGCCCCAAAAGUGAAGUUCGAGCAAAAUUCAAAUUUUCCCUACUGAAUGCUAAAAGGGAAGAAACAAAAGCAAUGGAAAGCCAAAGAGCAUAUCGAUUUGUGCAAGGGAAGGACUGGGGUUUUAAAAAAUUCAUUAGAAGGGACUUUUUGCUUGAUGACGCUAAUGGUCUUUUACCAGAUGACAAGCUUACAUUAUUUUGUGAGGUGAGUGUCGUACAAGAUUCAGUAAACAUAUCAGGACAUACUAAUACAAAUACUUUGAAGGUGCCUGAGUGUCGACUAGCAGAAGAUUUAGGUAAUCUCUGGGAAAACACAAGAUUUACAGACUGCAGUUUUUUUGUGAGAGGACAAGAAUUUAAAGCUCAUAAAUCUGUGCUUGCAGCUCGAUCCCCAGUUUUUAAUGCCAUGUUUGAACAUGAAAUGGAAGAAAGCAAAAAGAAUCGAGUGGAAAUAAAUGAUUUAGACCCUGAAGUUUUUAAAGAAAUGAUGAGAUUCAUUUACACAGGGAGAGCACCAAACCUUGACAAGAUGGCUGACAACUUGUUGGCAGCUGCAGACAAAUAUGCACUGGAACGGCUGAAGGUCAUGUGCGAAGAAGCUUUGUGUAGUAACCUCUCAGUAGAGAAUGUUGCAGAUACCCUUGUCCUUGCAGAUUUGCACAGUGCAGAACAGUUGAAAGCACAAGCCAUAGACUUUAUUAAUAGGUGCAGUGUACUUCGACAGCUUGGGUGUAAAGAUGGGAAAAACUGGAACAGCAACCAAGCAACCGACAUAAUGGAAACAUCGGGGUGGAAGUCCAUGAUUCAGUCUCACCCUCAUUUAGUAGCAGAAGCCUUUCGAGCACUAGCAUCUGCACAGUGUCCACAGUUUGGCAUUCCACGCAAACGGCUAAAACAGUCCUGAAAUCUUCCAUGAACAGUUGAAAAAUGGAAUUGACUUUUACUCCUCCAGGUCCAGAAGGAUUCUAAUAUACAAACCAUAAGCAAGAAUUGUUUCUGUUAUUUUGUCCACAGAACAGAAGCUGAAAAAGCAUAUUGCUUACAUUUCAGGUGGAUAAUGUAUGGUUUAUUCUUCAGCUUUAAAUUAGACUGAUUAAUUCACUUCAAGGCCUUAAAUUAUCUUCAAUGACUUCUCUUGUUCAUCUACUUUAAUUUUUUUUUAUUGUGCCUUGUCAUUUUGACCAAGGCUAUGCAGGAUUGCACUAGCUCCAUAAUGCAGUAAUAUUGAUAACUGAAGAUACUAAGUUUCAAAAGGAUCUUCCAUUAUUUUGCAAAAA